UUACUCAGCCGGCACAAACGACGCCAUCUCGAGGUGGAUGCCCUGUGCAGAGAGAAGAGCACAUGCCUAUCUGCCCAGCAGCACGGGUAAUGCCAGCCCAACCGACUGACCUGGCGUUCUUCCCGAAAACUGGCGCCUGUCCUGACCUGUGUCUUGAGGUCAUCACGGAUCUCCUCCGAGGCAACGGGGUCAUGGAUGCGGUGACCCCACAACGCCUGCAACAAACAAGGACAGGGACGUCAUACUUCAUAUGCCGAGUGACACGCACUGUCAUGCAUCCCAGAAGAUGGGACGUACCUCCUGGAGGGGCAUGUGGUCGGUGUUCUUUGGCAGAGAUAAGAUGCGGGACUUCGGAAGUUUGCACCACCUCCAUGACUGUUGGCAGAUCAGCGACACUGAGAAAUCCCAAACCUUAGCAUGAGGCUCGCCGUCCUUCAGCCACUCCUUCAAGACCGACACCUGGACACCCUUGGUGAUGCCGCCUGACAGUAGACACACAGCCGCCAGUAGUGCGUGUGCCUGUGUAUGUCACCACUGUCCUGCCUUUCCACCCCUCCUCCCUCUCCUCCCGCACUCACUCUCACCCUCCCUCCCUCCCUCUCCCUGAGUGUGUGUCGGCCUAAGUAGAGGUACUCUUCCUUGGUGAACUCGAGCCGCGCGUUGUUGUCCAGCAGCGUCUUCACCGUGCGAUGCUGGUGGUCGAGCCUCUUCUCAGACCAUCCGCGCAACUCCUUCAGGACGAGCAUCCCAGCGAUGACCACCACAAUCCCCAAAACGACGGUUCCGGCCGAGAGCCCGUUCCCUUUCACCAUGACCUCAAUCCGAUCCCAUCCAAUGACGAGGUUCGUGUAGAGGUGGCGAGGGUCGAGAACAUCACGGAUCCCCUCGAAUGGGUCACUGGCGUCAGGCACUGGCGGCGAGCGGGUGGGGUGGCGAGGCGGGUAGGCAGAUUCUGUGCCAGGUUGGCUGUGGCCACUCUGCGGCUCGCCGGUUGUGUGGUUGUCGCAGAGGCGGGCACAUGAGUCAUCAUCCACGGGAUUGAACCUACACAUCAAUCAGAGCACAUACAGCACCCACACAACACAACGCAAACACAACACAAACAAAAGUGCGUUGUGCAUGGAGGAAAGUGGUGUUUUCUGGCUGCGGUGUGGUCCGUUGUGUCAGCAUACCCGUCAGUGUCGUUGGUAGGUGCACCUGCUUCUGGUGUGGUGCCACUGGUCGGCUUCAGAUCGUGCAUCAAUGGUGGGGUGGAGUGAGGCCGUGUGCUGCUGGUGGUGUGGGAAGGGCUGUCGACGCUGGGACUGUCGUGGACGGCGGGCGGGACCUCCGUGGCCAGACUGGGAGGGCGGGCAUCUUCAUCAUCAUCCACGGGAUUGAACCUACACAUCAAUCACAGCACACACAGCACCCACACAUCACAACACAAACACAACACAAACAAAAGUGCGUUGUGCAUGGAGGAAAGUGGUGUUUUCUGGCUGCGGUGUGGUCCGUUGUGUCAGCAUACCCGUCGGUAGUGGGUGUGGUCCCUGCCGUAGGGUAGAUGACGGCGGCCGAAAUGACCACCCUGCACACAGCCAAGAAGGAGAGUGAUCUGCCUUUAUUUGUGGAUGGAUGUGCCGUGGAAGUGCCCACCAGUAGAGCGCUUGCACCGGUUGUGCCAUGCACUGCGCACAGCCGUUGCAAAACGACGAUAUGGCGAGGCAGCGGAUACACGCGGCCAUCGUGGGAGCCUGUGUGGUUGAGGUCUUGUGCUCAAGAGAGCACCGUCGCUCUCGCGGAACGAUAGGAAACGAGAAAUGCCUUCGUGCUCUGUUACAUCCUUCGCUGAGAUAUUCG